UAACCCUCUAACCUGCGCCACCUAUGACACGCACAGGAAGCACAUUCAGCGGGGGGUGAUCGUUGCUAGCUGGUUAGGGGACAAUUUGGAACUUUGCUCCACCGGAAAAUACUUCACACUUUCCGCCACGCAGCGCGCUUGUUGUAGGGCCUAAAAAUCGAAACCAAAUAAAGCAACUGUAAUCAUCAUUACUCGCAACUUGCCAUGACACGGGCGGUGGUAAUUUGCCACAAAAUCCCCAGCUUAUUGUGAUGCGAACUUCUGCGACAAGCGGGAGGACAUUCCGGUAUGGCUAACGCAAGAUGGGUUUGGAUUGUUGGCUACGCAAUUGUGUGCUUGGCGGCGGGGGCCGUGUCGACGGUGUCCAAGUUGAUUAUCGCUAAACCAACGUUGCAACGAUUCACAACACUACGCGGAACCGCAGAAAAGACGUCCAAGUAUCUGCAAGACCAGCUGGUGGGGAACAGUUCGCUGCUGUUCGUAGAACGAGUGAUACUUGUAGAAAGUUCGGUUGAUAGCUUCAUCGAGAGGCUGUCAGCGUUCACCUCUUGUCUGCUGUUUGAAAAGUUUUACGAGACGAGCUUAACGAUACCGAACAAUACUAAACUGCAACAGCUGUGGUUACGCCGAGCUAGGAAGUUGAAGCGCAUUUCCACACAGCCCAACACAACGCUGGAAACGUUGACAAUUGAGGACUGCAAUCAUCGCUCGAUCUUGGCCACGAUCGGAAACUUAACGCAGCUACAGCGCUUGACUGUGGAAAAUUGCGGGAUAACUCAGCUUAAUCUGGAGCUUUUCGCCAACCACAGUUUACUGCAGAUGGUUAAUCUCAAGGCAAAUCAAAUUGUCACAAUUUCGCAUGUUGGCAGUUCGCACCUCUCCCUAAGGAAAUUAUAUCUGGACGGAAAUCUCCUACCGUAUCUGGAUCUACGCAGUCUGCGCCAGAUGGGUCAGCUGCAGGAGCUAUCUCUACACCGUUGUAACCUGCUACGGUUAUACUCCUCAGCAUCAGUGACGCUGCCAGCGCUGGAAACUCUUAUGGCAGGACACAACCACCUCACUUUAGUGAAUCUUCUGUUGCUGGACGCUCCAAAUCUGCGUAUGCUGCUACUGGCCAAUAAUCGCCUCCACAAGGUUCCCUCUGGCCUGAACAAGUUCACCCGUCUCGAUUUACUCGACCUUAGUCGUAACCAGCUAGCCACGCUGGACUUGACUGUUCUAGCAGGACUUGAACACUUACAAUCGCUGUAUGUGUCGACCAACGUGCUAACCUCGUUUACAGCCAGUCGCAACGUACACCUGCCAUCACUGACGAGGUUGGUGCUGAAGGAUAAUUUGCUACACGAACUCGACACCUUCCAUCGCUGGGACCUGCCCAAACUAGCCCAUCUCACGUUAGAAGGCAACCGGUUUACGAUUGUGCCACCGGUGCACCAGCGAUGGCCGAAUGUAAGUUUGAAGAUGGCCAACAACCCCUUACGAAACGAUACCGACGCACGCUUCUCGUAGAUUGCGUCGAGCGCGUGAACGAAAAUCUAUAGCAGGUCUAACGCUA